AAAGGGCUGCAAAUCAUGACGGAUCCUCUGAUAUUCUACCUUUUACCUGUUGGUUUGGUCGUAUUUGCAUCCAUUUUGUAUCUUUUCUGUCGUGAUUUCAAAGUCCCUAAUCUGGACAAUAAAUGUGUCGUAAUUACUGGAUGUGAUACUGGUUUUGGACAUCAGUUGGCCAUAACUUUGGACGCGUUAGGCCUUCAUGUGUUUGCAGGAUGCUUGACCGAGGAAGGCGAACACGAAUUGCAAACCAAAUGCUCUGAGAGACUACAAACUGUUAGAAUGGAUGUCACAAAGUCAGAGGAUAUUCAGAGAUGUUUGGAGUGCGUGAAAGGCUUUUUGGAAACCGUUGAUAACACUGUUCUUUGGGCUGUUGUCAAUAAUGCAGGCAUAGAUAUCUGUGGAUUAGUAGACUGGACUUCUACUGAUACCAUGAAGAAAGUUUUCGAUGUUAAUUUGUGGGGUCUUUUGGAUGUAACAAAGGCAUUUUUGCCACUUCUGAAGAAGAGCAAGGGCCGAAUUGUUAAUGUUGCAAGUGUAGCAGGAAAACUUGCACUCGCUGGUGCUGGUGCAUACUCRGGCUCUAAAUACACUGUGCAAUGUUAUAGUGAUGUACUGAGGCGAGAGCUUUGGCAUUUUGGAGUAGGAGUCCAUAUAAUUGACCCUGGCUUCUUUAAAACAAACAUGACCAAUUCAGCUGCCAAAUGUAAGGUCAUUAAACAAUUGUGGGAAAAUCUCAGUGAAGAAAAGAGAGAAGAGUAUGGACAAAAAUGCUUAAAUGAAGCUUUGAAACUGACUGAAAUGUUACAGUACAGUCAAGACAUGAGGCCAGUUGUUGAUGCAAUGGAGCAUGCUGUCACCUCAUCGCAUCCCAAGAUACGYUACCUUGUUGGAUGGGAUCAUAGGUUGCUAUGGAGGUGGUUGGCAAUGCUGCCUUCAGGGCUGCAGGAUGUUUUAUUUCUWCACCUUCUUCCAGUGCCAAAGGCUUCUGUUAGAUAAUGAUGUAGUAUCAGUUAUGAUUGCAAGAGCAAACAAAGCAAAUUGAAACAAAUAAACUUCACAUUUUUU